UGUCAAACUAGUCAAAGAGGUUUUAUAUGUAAAUAGUUACUUAGUCAUACGUUUGGGAAAUGUCGUAAUCUUGUUAAGAAAUUUCUAAACAAUUUCUCAGCUCGUAUUCCUUGAUUGACGAUUAAAAAAAUCCGUCUAAUGACGUAACAAAAGUAGAGUGAGUUGGCAAAAUCGAACCGUCAACUACAGCGUCAAAAAGUUAGGUUAGGACACUGACGUUGCAGUUACAAACCUACUUCGACGAAAUUCAGGCAACCGAAAUGUCAACUUUGGAAUAUUCCGAAACACUUGCAGCACAGGGAAGAUCUUCAUGGAAAAACGUCCACAACUGUAAACUAUGUCCGUAUUUUACAACAUCCUUCUUUCUUAUGGUGAACCACGUGAAACGACACCGGUCAUCCCUGAAAAAAUUUAGCUGCACGAACGCCAAAAUUGAAUUGUAUUAUUGUAAAGACUGCGAAUUUAAAACGGAACUAACGAUUCUGUUCAAACAACACAUCAAUGAGUAUCAUAGAGUUAAAAAAGAAUCCGAAGAAGACGUUAAAUGGUACCGAUGCAGACAGUGUCCAUUUGAAACCAGAUACAAAGAAUUUUUUAAGAAGCACCUAACUGCGGAACACCUAGCUGAAGAAAAAGUCAAGUGGUACGAAUGUACAAUCUGCCCAUUUAGAGUUAAACGAUUGUCGAGGUUAAAAGAUCACGUAUUGGUUCAGCAUACCGACGAAGAAGAAGUUGAGUGGUACAAAUGUGGCAGCUGUUCUUAUAAAACCAUAAGGAAACAAAAUUUAGACACCCAUGUAACUCUCCACCAUUCUGAAGACAAACCAUUUCAGUGCAAACAUUGCCCAUAUAAGGCUAAAUUAAAAUACUAUUUAACCUGUCACAUGAACAACUGCCAUUCCGACGAAAAUAAUUUUAACUGGUAUAAAUGUGACAAGUGCCCGUUCAAAACUAGACGCAGAUCGGAUUUAAAAACACACACAAAUUGGGUCCAUUUGGAUGAAAAUUGGGACGGAUGGUACAGAUGUGAACAAUGCGCUUACAAAACUAAAGCGAAAAGGAAUUUAAAAUUGCACGUCAAUAACUUACACUCGAACAAAGAAGAGGUUAAAUGGUACGAAUGUGAAGAGUGUGCCUUUAGAACUAAGUAUAAGCGUUCUUUGAAGACUCACGUCAUUGACAAACAUCAAGCUGAAGAAAACAUUGUGUGGUUUGAAUGUGAGAACUGUUCGUAUAAAACUAAAAGGAAAGAUAGUUUAAAGUCGCAUGUUACUACCCACCAUUUAGAUCUUGUGGCGUCGUUUCAGUGUAUAUAUUGCCCGUUUAAAACUAAGUUGAAGAAGUAUUUAAAUACUCAUGUGAAGUUCCGCCAUUUGAAUGAAAAUGUUGUAUGGCACAAGUGUGAUCAAUGUCGGUAUAAAACCAAAGUAAGAUGUCAUUUAAAGAGACACAAGAGUGUUAAACAUUAAGAAAACUGGGAUUGUAUGAAAGUGUUAAGUGCUAGUAUCCCGCUAAAAUUGUGUAUAAUGGUAUUAAUAAUGUUAUUAAAAAAAUAAAUAAAUAAUGAAAACAUGAACAA